AGGGCCCGCCGCCGCAUCCCCAGGCCACGAUUCCCAUCCACCACCCCGACCCCGGCAUCCCAUGUCGUGGCGAGGUAGUUGGCCGCGCGCGCGCGCGCGCGCCCCCGUCACCCGUCGCUCGUCAGGACCAGGCGGGGGCAGCUAUUAAAGGCGCGAGGGGGAUCCCUUGCAACCAAAGCCACCGCCACCCCACCACUACUGCUUCUCCCUCCCGGGUCGUCGUCGGCCCCCCAUACCGGAAAGGCGCGAGGCGGGCGGACGAGAUGGUCGAGGCCGACGCGCGGCGGUUGCCCGAAAUGGCCGGCGCACGCAUGGCUUCCGCGCCCGCGGCUGGAUCCUCCGCCCGGAAACGCGCCCGCGGUUAGGUGCGGCGUGGGCUCGCCGCGUCCGCGUGCGCGCGUGUGUAUACAUAUACAUACAUUAGCAGGUGACCGGUGUCGCCGACCGUUGCUGCGGCGAGGCCGGGGCGUGUGGCGCCGACCGCCGAGGACCAACCGGAGCGGCUGCAGCGCUCAGUGAAUGGUCAUCAUGGCCGGGAUGCUCCCCGGCGUGGAGUGCGCGCGGCGGCGGCGGCUCCGGCAGGGCGGCGCGGGGGCGAGCGCGGAGGCGGGCGGGGGCACGAGGCGGCCGUCCUUCUGCCUGUACGCGGCCGGGCACGGAGGGCACCAGGCCGCCGGCCUUGGCGGCGCCGGCAGUUCCGGCAAGCGGAGCGCCGUGAUGGAGAUGAUACACGGGUGGACGCUGGACAGCAAUGCCCGGGAGGCCAAGGAGCGGCUGGACCAGAAGCUCCGGAGCAAGAGGGAGGCCGCCAUCAAGAGGCAUCACAGCACGGGGAGCAUAAAGCUGAGCAGACCCCACCACAACGGGGGCGCCGGCGGCGGCGGCGGCGCGGAGGAACGCGGGGAGAGCUCGGCCUCGGCGCCGGCUAUGUCCGGCGUGCAGCGGGAGGUGUACUCGAGGAAGGGCGUCAUGCGGCGGCUGAUGCGGUGGAGCCGGCCGCGGUGGGCCGCGGCGGAGCAGGCGGAGUGCGCGGUGUGCCUGGACGAGUUCCGCGCGGGCGACGUCCUGGCGCACCUCCCCUGCGGCCAUCGCUUCCACUGGGCAUGCGCGGCGCCCUGGCUCGAGGGCACCUCCCGCUGCCCCUUCUGCCGCGCCGCCGUCGACGCCAACCCACACGCCGGAGCCUAGGGCCCCCGGCCGGCCGUCUUGGCCAGCGAUGAUGCAGGAGGAAGAAUCACGUUGCCGGCGGCCGGUGUGCGCCUAAGCAAAGCUAAUCAGCGUCAGAGGCCGAUCAAGCUCGGCGAGCCACACCAUUGCCGUGCUGCCGGAGAUUGGAGACGAAUGAGAUGCGCACGAGACAUUCGUGAAUCAGCUGCCGAUUUUGCACGCAUCCGACGGCGCCGUGUCCUGCCGUUCUCCUUGUUCCCAUGCCAUGAGCAAUCGAUGAGCGUUUUUUCCUACGGCGAGUAGGCACUGUACAGUUUGCUAGCGUUUCCAAUGUAUUUGUACACGAUGAUCGUCUAAUCCAGAAAAAGGGAACUGUAAUUUGGAUCAACAA